GGAAGUAACUUAAGAGUCAGUCAAAAUGGGUGAGGAAUUGGAAAUCAAGAUAUGGGAUUAUCGAAAACUGAAAAUCCGUAAAACUCUUGGACGUGGUUCGUUUGGAACAGUUUAUUUAGCGAACUGUGUCGAGCCAGAUGUGACCAAUCAUGUUGUGAUGAAAGUCAUGCACAACUCAGUGGCCAUGAGAGAUGACUCAAGAAGGCUUUUCAUCAAGGAAGCCCUGUUAUUAAAGAGUCUCAAUCAUGAGAACAUAGUCCGAAUCUAUGGUAUUUGCAUAAACCCUUUUACUAUUAUCAUGGAGUACGUGGUUUUUGAUUUUGAGCCUUUUCAAAGAAAUAGGAAGGUUAGCACUUUGGACGAAUUUCUUUCGGAGAUUGCUCGAGUGCCACAAUCUGAAGAACAUCGAUUUGAUCAUCUAAUUCCAAAGAUAGCAGUUGAUAUCACCAGAGGAGUUGCACAUCUACAUGGCCAUGAAAUUGUUCAUCGCGACCUAAAGCCGAUCAACAUAUUGAUCUCCAAUCAGCAUUACUCCAAUCUUCAAGACAGGCGUCAGUUGAAGAGAAUUCAGGCAGAGAGACCGAUUGUAUGCAAAUUGGCUGAUUUUGGCGAGAGCCGUUCUCAGUGGCUGCAGACAAAUGGGCUCAGUGACCCUAACGCAAGCCAAGUAUUCAGAGGGACAAUUGCUUUCAUGGCACCUGAGAUUCUUUUGCGCGAACCAAUGGUACAAAGAAAUAAACUUACCAUGGACGAUUUGAAAAAAGUGGAUAUCUGGGCGCUAGGGAUGGUGUUUUACUGCUUGAUUAACCCAGCUGACUCAUACCCAUAUGAACGAGACGGUUUCAAUCAGCCACUAGAUAUCAUGAACUUUCAAAAACAAAGAAAACGUCCAUCCUGUGACCCAAAGUACGAGAACAAACAGUCUUCAGCUUGGAAACAUGUUAAAGAUGUUUUUCAUGCCUGUACAAACCAUGAUCCUCUCAGAAGACCAAAAGCAACUCAGAUCUAUGCUAUGCUGGAUGCUUCUGCCGCUUCCGUUGCCCACAGCAGUCUAACGACAAGUACGACUCUCUCAUUCAGUUAUAAUCAAUCUUUCACCUAUGCUAAGUAGCCAGGAACCAUUAUCACCACAAUUUGUUUUACAUUUUGCAUUGUGAAGGUAAAGGCUAAGCCAACAUUUCUGUAAUUAUCAAGGAUAAUGAUGUUUCUUUUUGGUUUUCCAGCACUGAGGACUUUUCGAUUUUUAGUAUAUUGCUCUUUUUAUCUACAGUUAUAAAAUGUAUUGCCUCUGAUUUUGCAGAUGUGGUGCCCCUUAAACAAGGAUUGUCCAGCGCCAGCCAGGGAACUUUUCAGUGGUAUGCAAGCACACAGGGGGAGUCUGAUGUUCAGUACAUACUGCGCAAGCUGAAUGCAAUUGCCGACAGUGUGGUGGAUAUGAGUCGCAAUAAAGACUCCCGGGAUCUUUGCAUGAGCUUCCAGUGUAAUGGUAAACAGUGGCAAGUCCGUUUUCCAUCGAAUUUUCCAGCUUCAAAUGCCAGCUUGCAUGUUGACGGAGUGUUUUACGCUAUGGUUGGUGGUAAUGCUAUAAACACGUCCGUCAGAGCGCUGAUAUCAACAGUAAUCCAGCCUAAAGGUACGCUGAUUCAUGGUGGUGCCGCACAAGUGACCACAGAUCAAUGGUACGAGAGCAUUCAAGGGGAGGCAGCUCUUCGUCAUGUUUUAGACGAGUUGACAAACUUUGCUGAUAGUGAAGUGAAUAUGAGUCGACAAAAAGGCACACAUGAUGUCACGUUAAGUUUCACGCGCGACGGACAUCACUGGGAAAUCAGGUUUCCACCCGAUUUUCCUAGAUCUGAAGUAAACUUGUCAAAUGGAGAACUCUCUAAAAUAGUCAGUGGUGACAACAUCAACACCGCCGUCCAAGCCAUGAUAUCAGCAAUAAUUGAGGAGCAACCAACAUGGGCUGACCGAAAUCUUGUACCCGUGGCACGGAUAAAUGUAGAGCAGUGGUAUGCUGGUGAUCAAGGAGAGGCAGCUCUUCGAUACGUUUCCCAAGAAUUGAGGAACAUCACUGAUAGUGAGUUAAGAAUAAGUCGAGAAAAGGACACCCAUGACGUCACGUUGACUCUCGAGUGCAAAGGACAACAUUGGGAAAUCAGGUUUCCAUCGAACUUUCCGAAAUCCAAUGCGAGCUUGUUCAAGGGCGGAGAUUUCUACGCAAUGGCUGGUGGUGACCAAUUAGAAACAGCAGUCAGGGAGAUAAUCAAUCGUAUAAAGUUUUUUGAUCAACCAUUUCCAGAAAUGUGUGGUAACUCUACAAGCGUGACAACUGAACAGUGGUAUACCGGAGAGUCAGGAGAGGCCGCUCUUAGAUAUGUUUUCGACGCGCUAAGGAAAAUCGCCGACGGCGAGGUCAAGAUGCGACGCAGUACUGACACUCGAGACAUCACUCUGAGCCUUCGCCGCCGAGGAAGAGAAUGUACAAUUACAUUUCCUUAUAACUUUCCAAAAUCCAAUGCAAGUGUGUCCACGAACAGGGAAGACUACAUAAUGAUCGGCGGGAAUAAUGUUGAAAAUGCUGUUAGCGCUUUAAUUAAUCAUAUUACAUCUGUAGAU